GCGCUUCGUGAUUGGCUGGUAAUCCGAUUACAUAAAUAUUAAUGAGCCGGCGACGCUGAUGAAGGCGCUUCCGUGAUUCGAGGUGAAUCUGCGGAAUGAAUGGCGGAACUAACAGCCAGCAAACUAUAAGUAUUUUUUUACCUUCAAAAGUAGCGACAGACUAUUACAUAUUAAGAAUCUAAACAAAACCCUGACGUAUUUUCUGCGUCUGUCAACACAGACCCUGUCACAGUCACUUUAAUGUUCGCGGACUCUGUUGAAUGGCUAAUUUACAUCAUCACAAACAAAUCUCACAAUAUCACAGUAAAUCGAGUUUGUGGGUUUUUUUAAUUCAUGCCGAAUUAAAGAGCUGCUCCUCACCAUUCACGAGUGUUUGUUUCAUAUUCGACAUCCUUAAUUUUAUCUUGUAAAUUAGCGUCCGAAAUUAAAUGGGAAAAUUUGCAAUGGAGUUCGUCAGCCGCUUCCACCACUGAACGCGGUAAACUAAUUAAUAGGAACUGGACUUCAAACAAUUUAGACACGGCGUCUAAAAGCGUAAAAACUACUUUGUCUACGUAAAGUGUGAGAGGAGACGGUGUAUUUUUAGUUAAAUUAUACAAUGUUCGCCGUCAAAGUCAUUCAUAUAAACUGCCUGUAAUGUGCAGCAAAUAGUAGUGAACCAUCGCCAGCUCUUCAGUGACCUUAACACGUCCGUACCUCUAGUACAGAUGCUACGGGUACGGGUCCGUACCUCUAGCAUCAACCAUUUUCAAACAUCAAGACAGGAAGUAAUUUAAGUACAGAUUGUCAUUCUGAUUAAUAGAAAACAAAGGGAAUGAUUUAAAAUGUGUACAAAUUUCCUAUUCAGAACUUCAGGCACUUUAUUUAGAUUUUUAGACUGAUCCAGUAUAAAACAUAAUGACACUGUACAAUUAUCAGAAUAAAUAUCAGAAUUCAGUCCCACCCCCUUGUCUUCUUCCUCACUCACUGGUCCCAGCGGUGCUCCAGAGAAACGCAGGCUGGAGCUGAGCAGGAGCAGAUAAAGUGAGAAAGAAAAACAAUGACAGAAUAAUAAAGCUAGACAGAGAGGUGGAGUUAGAACCAUAGAGGGGAAAAAAGACUUCCUAAGGACAUUUCAGGAUAUGUGUGAAGCAUUUCAUCACAUCGCCAUGGGACUACGUGAGUUUAUAUUGGAGUAUUUUCAAGGUUUCUGGGACUAUGAGACCCCCAAGGUGAUGGUAGUGAAAAACACAACUCUUGGAGUAAUUUACAGGUCUGUUCAGUUUCUGGUGAUCACCUAUUUCAUCUGGUAUGUGUUUAUAAGUCAGAAAGCAUACCAAGAGAGUGAAACCCGUCCGGAGAGCUCCGUUUACACUCUUAUGAAAGGCUCAGCAGUUCACGGAGAUGAUAUCCUGGACACUGUGGAGUACGCUCGACCCUCAGAGGGCGGUGAUGUGAUUAGUACAAUACUGAGGCGAGAAUUCACCUACAAUCAGAUGCAGGGUACCUGUGCUGAGUAUUUCAAAGUUCCCAAUGCCAACUGUACAAAAGACUCUGACUGUGUCGAGGGGGACGUCGACUUUGAUGGCCAUGGCAGAAGAACUGGAAGAUGUGUUCAGUACUACAACUACACCUUCAAAACCUGUGAGAUCCAAACCUGGUGUCCUAUAGAGGAGUACGCUGUAGUGCGAGAGCCACCAUUAGUGGAGGCGAUCAACUUCACUGUGUUCAUCAGGAACUCGAUCCACUUCCCCAAAUUUAAAGUGCUGAGGGGAAAUGUCAAGGAUGCCUCGAAUAAGCGUGAGAUGCAGAAAUACCUCCAAAAAUGUAACUAUCAUGAGGAGAAAGAGCCCUACUGUCCCAACUUCCGCCUGAGCUACAUCGCAGAACAAGCCAGGGAGAAUUUCACAGAGCUCUGCAGGACUGGAGGUGUAAUCGGUGUUUUCAUUAACUGGAACUGUAACCUGGAUCUGGAUCCUUCACACUGUAAACCUAAAUAUUCAUUCCGUCGUCUGGACCUCCGCAAGGAUCUGGCCAACUCUGGUUACUAUUACAGGUUUGCCAAAUAUUACAAUAAGGAUGGAGUAGAGUCUCGGACGCUAAUCAAGGCCUACGGUAUGCGUCUGGAUAUCAUAGUUCACGGACAUGCUGGUAAAUUUAGUCCUAUUCCAACCAUCAUCAGUACAGUGACUGCUAUGACUUCUGUUGGGAUUUGCACCAUCAUCUGUGACUGGAUCAUGCUGACUUUUAUUGACAAGAAUGAAGUCUACAGCGAGAGAAAGUUUGAUGAAGUGAUCAAGGAGCCCGCAGAACCCAUCUCCACAGAGCUCAGCUUCAUCAACAGCUACGGCUCAAACCACUCGGACCUGUCAGACGGUGUACCGCUGUGAUGCCAUCAGAGUUGCCUUAGUCCUCAUUGGCCAAAUGCAUGGACUCACCUACACCGAGUGACUGCGGCAACAAGAGUUACUGUUUCUGCAGACGCUCAGUGGAUGGAUCAGACUGCGCAGCUAUGCUGUUAGUGGGAAUAAACUGAGAAAGAACCACGUCCCUGUGGGCUUGUUUUGGACACAGACACUUCUCUUAAUUUACUGAAUAACAGCAGGCUCUGUUCAUAUAUCACCACAAACCUUGAUGGACCUUUACUGUUCACCAGUGAACUGAAACCUUUUUCUGUCCAACUUGACAUGACUUCAGAAUAUACUAACACCACGUAGAGAAUGUGCAUAUUUUCUCCAUAUGAAACCGAUCUACAAAGCAUACAAACUUUGUCCAUGUAUUGCAGACAUUCAAUCCAACAAUAAAUGAAUUUUAUUAACUUGUUUCAGUCAUAAA